AUGUCUUUUUGGAGAAAAAAACUUGCUUCUCUUGUUCUUAUUGGAGAGAUUGAUCCUGCUAAAUAUUGUUAUAAGAUUAAAGUCAAAAGGAUUGAUGCUUCUAUUGAUGAACGUUCUCUUAGUAACUUCAAAUCUAAAAUCACUCCUCGUGUCUACGUUUGGGUAGCUAACAGAGAAAAUCCAGUAACAAGCCUCACUGCUAAUCUCACAAUCAGCAGUAAUGGAACUUUGAUCUUGCUUGAUGAGAAACAAAAAAUUCUCUGGUCAUCUGGACAAGAAGUUCUCACAUCUAACAAAUGUCGAGCUGAGCAUUUAAACUCUGUAAAUCUUGUGGUCGUAGAUAACGUUACAGGAACGUAUCUAUGGCAAAGCUUUGAGCAUCUUACAGACACCAUGCUUCUCCGGCGAAACCAUGGCGUCCGUACCGAGAGGCCUCAUUUCUCGCAUCAGCCACCCUUCUCCCUCGCAAUCUCUACCCGUUUGUAG